AUGUGGCUGCGACCCAGCGCCACGUACAUGCCCCGUCGCACACAUGGCUGCGACCCAGCGCCACUUGCAGCCUGGGGCAGUUUAAAGCUCAAGGGGCAUCCAUGCCACCCCCACGCACAGCCCUGGCAGGCAGCCAUCUUCGAACGCUCCAAGUACAACUGCGGCGCCACCCUCAUCAGCAGUAGAUGGGUCCUGACUGCAGCCCACUGCCUGACCGGCCCCAUCCACGUGCGUCUGGGGGAUUACAACCUGUAUGUCCGCGAGGACACCGAGCAGUACAAAGUCGUGGCCAAAAGCAUCAUCCACCCCGGCUACAACUGCACGGACCACGACAACGACAUCAUGCUGCUGAAGCUGCAGACCCCGGCCACGCUCAACCGCUACGUCCAGCCGCUGGGCCUGGCCUCGCAGUGUGCGGAGCCGGGCGAGCAGUGCAUGGUGUCGGGGUGGGGCACCGCUCUCAACGCCCCCGAAAACAUCUCCAUCAUCCUCUACUGCACCAUGGUCCACAUCGUCUCUGAUGAGCAGUGCGCGGCCAACUACCCCGGGCACGUCAACAGGAACAUGGUCUGCGCAGGCUUGAAGGGCGGGGGCACGGAUUCCUGUGAGGGCGACUCCGGCGGCCCGCUGGUGUGUAAUGGGAAGCUGCAGGGCGUCGUGUCUUGGGGCGACGUGCCCUGUGUCUCCACCCUGAAACCCGGCGUUUACAUGAACAUCUGUAAAUACCACGACUGGCUGCAGGCCACCAUGUGCGCAAACUGA